CUUUGUUUCCUUCACUUGUGUGUUCCGUCUGCUUCUCUUCUUUUUUCAGAAACUAGGGUUCCGUCGCAAAUCACGAUCAGAUCUCGUAGUCUCUGAAGAUGUCAGAAGAUCCGGAGUUUCGUUGCUUCAUUGGUGGGCUUGCCUGGUCAACAUCUGAUCGUGGUCUCAGAGAUGCCUUUGAGAAGUAUGGUCACCUCCUUGAGGCCAAGGUGGUUCUUGACAAGUUUUCUGGUCGCUCCCGUGGUUUUGGGUUCAUUACUUUUGAUGAGAAAAAGGCUAUGGAUGAAGCUAUUGCUGCAAUGAAUGGAAUGGAUUUGGAUGGGCGAAAAAUAACUGUUGAUAAAGCCCAGCCACAUCAGGGUGGGGGAGGCAGAGAUCAUGAUGGAGACCGCAGUCGUGAUCGUGGAUAUGACCGAGAUCGUAGCCGUCCCUCUGGUGGGCGUGGUGGUGGAGAUUGCUUUAAGUGUGGCAAGCCUGGACAUUUUGCCAGGGAGUGUCCUUCUGAAAGUAGUAGAGAUGGUGGGGGAAGAUACAGCUCAAGGGAUGAUAGGUAUGGUGCGAAGGACGAUAGAUAUGGUGCAAAGGAGGAUAGGUACAGCUCAAAGGAUGAUAGGUACAUUUCAAAGGAUGAUAGGUACAGUGCAAAGGAUGAUAGGUAUGGUAGUAGGGAUGGUAGCAGGGAUGGUGGAGGUAGUCGCUAUGGACCUGAUCGCAGUGGAGAACGUUCUGGAGGACGUAGCAGGGAUGGUGGCAGCCGUGGAGGUCCAGGAGGUGAGAGGCACAGCCGUGCUCCAUAUGACCGCCCUAGAGCUGGUGGCUACUAGAAUUCUACGCCAAAGGGUAAAAUGGAGUUGAAGGUUUCUGCUUUCGGCUCUCUUGUCAAGUGCGAAGUCAAAGUUACGCUGGAUGGUCUGUUUUCUUUAAUGUAUUUGGAUAGCUCGAGAAAGAAGAUGUGUCUCUAUUUUGGCCCUAAAGUCAAGAGUCGACUAAUGUUCCUAAAGUGCUCUCUCUCCUUUUGAUAUGUUGAUCCCAAUGGAAACCUUGUGCUUGGUUGGUUUGAGUUGAGACACAAUUUGAGAUGUGCUACUUUAUGCUUAUCGUAAUGAAUGCGUGGGUUAUCCCCCAACACCAAA